CGGUGAUGCAUCUCUUCUCAUUCCGUUUUGAACCAGAGGAGAGAAAUUACCGAAUUUUUGCAAAUAUGGAGCUUACAAAAUGUCAAAUAUUAUUUGCACUAGUUGUGCUUGCCACGUGUGAGAAAUUUCCAUCGCAACAUCAUGAGAGGGAAAAUGAAAUAUUGAGAAGAAUCCCAUUCGGGAAUAAAACAGACAAUGAAAUCGUUCGCCGAAAGCCCUCCCACGCUUUAUCUGUAAUCCCGCAGAACCGAAUUUUUGAAGGGGCGAGUGGAAAAUUGGAGAUAACGGAUAACUGUGAAGGGGAAAAUUACCUUAUUUCCGCCUUUCCACGGAGAGAUGACUGCGUUCAGACGUCCCCGAGUAAAAUGCAGGUACGUGCAUGAGAUCAAUUAUGUUAAGCAUUCGUCUACAAAAUUUAUUUAAUACCUUCUAAAUAAUCUAGUAAUAAACAUUAUCCAAAAUCACAAGUAUAUGACUCUACCACAGUGGUUGUGAUAAGUUCUACUGUGCGGUGAUGGCUUGGUAAUAAAGUGUUCCCAACAUGGCAAUGAAUUUUAACUACGUGGUAAAAUAUUAUUACCAAAUUUAUUACAGAGAAAUCAUUACCUGCAUGACUUUACCGGAUUAUUAAAAAAGUGUACUGAUAAUUAAAUAUGUUUUGUGCAUGGUGUGUAAAAAGUGAUAGGAUUUGUGACGUUUUCAAAAUUUCCAUAAAAUCAUAGCAUGUCAGACUUAGAAAUUAUUUAUUAUGCAUAUUUAUGUAAUUCGCAUUGUAAAAACUUGAUGUAUAUACAGCAAGCUAAAAAUUGCUCCGUACCUUCUUUUGCAAUAAGAUAAAUCACGCGUUUUUCUUUUUUAUGGGACACAUUUCUGAUUGCCUAAUGCAUAUGUUUUUUAUAAAUAAUUUAACGUAGAUUACGAAAAUAAUAUCCCUUUUUAGUUGUUCCGUACCGAUAAUGAACCAUUAAUUACAAAGUGGAAGAAAAUUAAAAAUCCAUGCAAAACAUUAAA